CGGAUUGACAAGCUACUUUUGCAGUACUCGGAGCAUUGAGUUACCUUUAGAGAGGACGUUUUAUAAUUGGGCAAUUUAUUCAGAGUUUCAGUUAAACAAACACCAAUUUUCCUAGGUAAUUAUAUUCUUUAUUGCAGUAGUUUAAUGGGGACACGCCUAGUCUAUACGAAUACAUAGAAAUAAUGUCCAUAAGUCGGAGACUCUGUAUGCCUCGCAUGCUGCUGUAUUUGUGUAUGCUCUAACACACCACGUCAAACAGCCAAGUGAAUGAAUCCCCUGUAAGGAAAUGUGAGUGAUCAAACACCAGCUACCCGGCGUGUACCCGACACUUGACAUAGGUGCUAGGGCACGAUGACAAUGACGUCAAUGCAUACACAUCCAGGUGGAUCUCAGCAGCAACACCCAUUUUGACCGGCCGAACUGUCCGGCUCCAUCUACUUCAGACGGAUUACACGUCACCCGCUGCUGACACUGGAUAUGGUCGGUCAUCUCUAACAAUGAAGAGCAGUCGCAGGUCUCAUGGGGACGAUGAGAUGACAUUGACGUUGACUGGCGACGCCGACGGCUUAGAAGUUCAGGGAAGUGCAGCGUCGGUCCACCCCGCUUUUGCCCGGGAGAGCAAGGCUGAGUACACCCCACGGUGGAGACCCACCCCAAGGAAAGAAGCUGAUGACUUUGAAAGGGAGAUGUUGGAUCAGUCAGCUGCAGAACUCAAAUCUACAGUGGAGGAGCUGGAAAAAAGAUUUGAUGCCAUCGAGAAUGAAGGUAAUGAGUGGAAGACACGGUUCGAGACCCAGCAGGAGAUGAAUCAGCAGCUGGAGAGGCAGAUCCUCAUCUUCCAGAACAAGGUGGAGGAGGCACGUAAAAAUGUCCGGGAAGCAAACAAGUCUCCACGAGAUAAUCGCAGCUUUGAUGACAUGGAGGCCAGUCCACAGAUGAUCAAGAAUCUGGAGAAGGAGAAGCAGAGUCUGUACAACCAACUACGUGAUCUUGAGUGGAGGCUUGACCAGGAGUCCAAGGCAUAUCACAAGGCCAAUGAUGAGAGGAAGCAGCAUGUCCUGGAGAUCAAUGCUACUAAAGGUCACUUGGAAGACGUGCGGAUCAGGCAGAAGAUGGCGCUUCUGGAUGGCAGUACCACAGCAAGAACAGCUAGAGAUUCAGGAGGGAAUAUUCCUGAUGAUCAACGAGUGCUUGACCCGAAGCGUGGACCAAUCAAGAAAACAGCAGGGGUGAAGAACCUCCCCAGUCUGGAGAUGGUGUGAUGAAGGGAGACAACCCUGGCAUGACCCAUGGAAGCAUGGCACACAUGGAACCCAUGCAACUUCUCACACAGACUGUAAACAAAAAGCUACCUGUGAUAACUAAUUUAUUAUCUUGUAGUCGCCAUCUCAGUACAUACAGUGCAUUAUCCUGGUGUACUGAGAUUGUGUAGACAUAUUUCUGUCAUCAGUGUGAGGUAGGACACUUGUCAGGUGUGGAGACAAUGCCAGCAGCCUCGGAUCACCUUUACUCUAUAGUUUUACUCUAUGGUUCAUGAUUUUGAUAACAUUUGAUCCAGCCAUGAAACAACCUUGUGUCUUACAAUUGUGUAGAAUAACCUCUGAUGUCCACGAGAAAUAUCACAUGACACAGGGACUAUUAUCACAGGAACAUAACAAAUGACACAUUGACUAUGUAUAGACACUUUACAGACAGACACACAGCUCUAUAUGUAGACACUCUGUCUUUAUUUAUAGCGACCCUGACUUUAUAUGUAGACACACUGUUUUAUAUAAAGACACUCCAAACUUUA